AUGUUGUCCGACCGAUGGAUUCAACACCAGCGAAAGCAAAACCGACCCAAUACAUUUCAAUGGACUUGUCAUUUAUGUCCUGCUCCUGCACUGUUCCACAGCUCUGAAUCAGUAUGGGCUCAUUGUGAAGCACAUCACCCUUUACCUGAUAAUAUUCAAGCUUUAGAAGAAUUUCGUAAAUCUUAUCUUGAAUCUUGCUCCUCUCGGCUCAAUAGGGUGACCUCAAAACGCUUACAUAACUCUAAUGAAGUUAAGCUCAAAGUACCCAACUCUAUUCCUUCUAGUCAAACCCAGCGUGUAGAACUUCCGAUAAAUUUGCCCAUUAUUGAGACGCUCAAGAUUUCUGGAUCGCCAACCGACUCAGAUGUGCGCACACCCAAUGUUCAACUAGAAAGUCACGUAUCUAAAAUAACGGCAAAUGAGGGAGACGGAUUCUCUUCGGGUUCAGGAGGAUCUCCAAAUUACCAGGAAUCUUCUUCAUCUCGCAAAGUGAAUGCAUGUCGAACGUCUGAUGGAAAACGUGGCUCACUUGAGCAUAGACGUUCCAUUGGAAAUCCUAAAUCUAUUUGGGUAGAGGGAGAUGUCGCUCCGACUCGCUCAUGUGUCGAUCAAUCAAAUAUUGCGUCCGUAGCAAUAGCAAGGAAAAGACAUCAACAACUCCAGAAUAAUUCGCGCAUGCCAUCUAAAAGCAACAGCCCAAAGUCUAAAGUUACACCGAACCCACCAAAUUUUAGACAUCAACAAGGGCGUGAGACUAGGGUUGAGAGAAAGCCCAUCCCUCAAGCUGAUAUUCAACUCAACUAUCUCAGAAAGUCUUCUACUGAUAUCAAAAAAAUUGCGAAGGACUUGAGUACCAUAGAAGCUAGAUGUAAGGAAUACGUCAAAAAUUUUGCUCCCACGUCUCAAGCCUUUGAUGAUCAAGAAUCUCCAACCCACAAACAUUUUCAAUUCCUUAUCAAACUUCAUACCGCUUUUAUUUAUCAACUACAUGAUUUACUUCUCGCUACUCAGCAGUCAUCGGCAAGUCCCCAGCUACGGUAUUUAGCUUCCAAAAUACAGAUACCAGCGAGGAUGUGGCAGCGUGGAAUAUAUUCCACGUUAGAAAUUCUGAGAAAUUACUUGCCUGACUCACUAGAUCAUUUGCUCGCUUUUAUCUACCUCUCAUAUUCAGUAAUGGCUGUACUAUACGAAACAGAACCUGUAUAUGAAGAUAGAUGGAUAGAAUGCCUCGGAGAUCUUGGUCAAUACCGAAUGGCCAUCGAAAAAGAUGACGAAAUAGAACGAGAAAUUUGGACUAACAUUGCUAGAAAUUGGUAUACAAAGGCGUCAGAUAAAAGUCCAAUAGACGGUCGGAUUUAUAAUAGCCUUGCCAAUCUUGAGGGAUCUUGUGUUCUCGAACGGCUUUAUUUAUAUUAUAAGUCCCUCUGCGUUCCUAUUCCCUUCAACUCGACGCGUCGAACGAUACUAUCACUGUUUAAACCAAUAAUGUACCCAAACAAUGAAAAUAAGCAAGAAAGAAUUUCACCUCUAGAAGAUAAAUACCUUCAGAUACACGGUUCUCUUUUUACAAAUAGCGAUCUUGAAUCUCUUGACCAAAAGACCGAGGAGUUUCUUAAUUGUUUUGAUGAACAGUUAUCAAGGUUCAACUUCAGAUACCAGGGAUAUCAGAUUGCCAUUGCUAAUUGUAUCGCUAUGCUAGAAUAUGGGUCAAAAAGUAAUAUUUUAAUGAAAUUUCUGGUCCCAACUCCGGAGAAAGAAGAUACUUGUAUUAGCCCAACCGAAAUUGUUGAGCAGAAGAGAGUGUUCGAACUCGCACGGAAUUUCAGUAACCUGACUCUCACUCAUGUGCUGCAUGAAGAACACUGUAAUUCAAAUAUUCUAGCUUUUAUCCAUGUUACUCUUGUAUUUAUACUAGGUAUUGCCCGUGCACCCGGUGCCUUAGCUCACAUCGCGCCUGGGCUCCCUUGGGAUAUUUUGGCUGAAAAGUUGAAUUAUUAUCAAUCACAUAUCGGAAAAUCAGGUAAACUUGAAGGCAAAAAAUUCCCCAGGCUCGAGAAACAAGGUUCACAAUAUCUUCCUGAAGAUCACGCGAUUCGUGGUCUUAUCUGGGCUCUCGACUAUUUCCCGACUGGCUGGUUCACAAAUAACAAAAUAGAUAUAGAAGAGAGGCAUGUUGAAACCGAUACGAUGGCCUUGGUGAGGAUGGAGCGGAUUUUAUGGCUUGCACAUGGAAUUUCACAACUUGAUUCCCCGCUCACCUAUGAUGCUCAGUUAUUUUCUAUCGCCGUGAAUAUUUCCGAAAAAUCGAAUGAAAAGACUGUCCAGAAAUCCAAGAUAACCAAUGACGCCGCAUAA